GAGCCAGAUGAGGCACAUCUGGACAGCUGCGCCGAGGAACUGUGCGGCCCCUUCGCGGGCCCGACGUCAGCUGAGCACGUCCCCCACGUCCUCUCCUGCUAGUCACUUUUAUUAUUCAUAUUCCCAAAGAAGCAACCGAGGAUCCAGGCUUAAAACUUUUUUUUCCGCUAAUUGAGACGGGGCCAGAUCUCAUCCCGCGCACAGUUUAAUUUUCAUGGGGCUCUGGGAUCAAAAGAACAGAAACAGCAACAACAAAAGCCCAGCCGCUGUCUGAUUUAAAACUGGCAAAGUGAGAAAAAUAGUGUUGAGUAAACAGACCGAGUUGGACAUGGGGAGUUUCAGAGGUCAUGCCCUCCCUGGAACCUUCUUCAUUACCAUGGGUAUUUGGUGGACCAUAAAGUGCACUCUGAAGUAUGCCUGCAAAAAGCACAAACGGACUUCCUACCUUGGUUCCAAAGCAUUAUUCCAUCGAAUAGAUAUUGUGGAGGGAAUUACAAUAAUUUGCAUGGCUUUAACUGGCAUGCUUGGAGAGCAGUUUGUUACUGAAGGGCCCCACUUGGCUUUAUAUAACUAUAAAGAGGGCCAGUGGGUCCAACUCCUGAGCUGGCAUCAUUCCACCAUGUAUUUCUUCUUCGGGCUGGUGGGCGUGGCAAACAUCUUAAGGUUUAUCACCAAUUCGUUUCCCAUUUCCUUAAUCAAAUUGCUGUUGUCGAAUGCCUUAUUUGUUGAGGCUUUUAUCUUGUACAACCACACUCAUGGCCGGGAAAUGCUGGACAUCUUUGUGCACCAGCUGCUGGUCUUGGCUGUCUUUGUGGCAGCCCUGAUAGGCUUCUUGGAGUUCUUUGUAAGGAACAAUGUCAUUGUGGAGCUUCUUCAGAUGACCCUUAUCCUGCUUCAGGGAAGCUGGUUCUGGCAGAUUGGUUUUGUCCUUUAUCCCCCUAGUGGAGGUCCUGCAUGGGAUUCAAUGGAUCAUGACAACAUUAUGUUUCUCAGCAUAUGCUUUUGUUGGCAUUACACAUUACACAUUGUCAUUGUUGGAGUGAUUUAUGCCUUUGUUACUUGGCUGACAUCUGGGCCUCAUCCCCUUAGGGGCUGGGCAGCCUCCAAGAAUAAAGGCGACAUUCAAGGAGCCUCUCUAGCUCAUGUCAGCUCUCUUCCAUGGCCAAAAGAAGACUACUGUCUCUUCCUGUUUCAAAAGGCUUCAGACCCCUCUUAUCCACUUACAACUUUCUAGAAACCAGAAACUCCAUGUUUAUUUUCUCAACACUCCCCACCUCCAGACACCUUUAUCUUUUGUGACCACUUAGUCCCUUCUACCUGGCAUAUCCAAAUCAAAUGCCAUAUCUUCUAUGAAAACUUCUGUGAUAAUUCUAGCCCUCAUUUCCCUUCAUGAGUUUGGAUAGUACUUGAGUCGCUACUACUCAUUUUAGCAAUUGUGAUCUAUCUUUACUAUUAGCCAGUCUUAUCUGCUAGCUAGGUUGUAUCACUUUAAGGAAAAGACCCUUUUCGUAUUUCACAUGGCUG